AUGUUAAACAUUAGUGAUUUGAAAACUGAUUUGCAACAAAAAUUUUAGGCUGUUGACAGUAUUGAAGUACCUCAAAAAUAUAUUUCAGAUCUUCAUAAGACAAUUAAAACUCUAACUAAAUUGUUAAAAAUUAGAAUAAGAACUGAUAUGCCACAAUUAAGCAUUAAUCAAUUUAAGGACACAAUGUCAGAAUUAAUAAAAAUCUCAAAAUAAAUGGCUGAAUAAAUAUUGCAUAAAUAAACAUAAUCAUUGCAGGAAACAUAAAGGUAAAACGAUUUGGAGAAGAGACUUUUGUUUUUAGAGGAAAAUGUUGGAAGUUAAUUGAAAGAACUUACUUAAUAAAAUAUUGAUUUGUAAAACUAACUUGAUUCUAUGUUAAGAGUAAAGGAAGAAUACGAAAAUCAAUAAUUAAAACUCAAGGAAAUUGAAUUAUAAAAUAAAUAGUUAAAGCAUGAAAAAGACUAAUUAAAAUCCUAAAAUAGCAAUUUACAAAGUUUGAUUAGAUAACUAAAAGAAGAAAAAGGCAGUAAAAUUGAAAAGAAACUAAAGACUCUAAAGGAAGAAGUUUCUCAUGUUAGUUAGGAUUAUUAAAAAAAGUUGGAAGAAAGAGAUACAUACAUAGAACGAUUAGAAAAAGAACUUUAAAUAGUUAAAUCAGAGCUCGAAAUGAGUGAAGAUUAUAAAAUGCUCACUUAAUCAUCAAAGAAAUUGUCAAAAUCUCCAGAAAAAUAAUUUUGA